CCCUAAAGCCUGACCCGACCCGAGACACGAUCAUCUCGAAGCCGGGCUCGGCGGAGCGUUGUUUGUAUCAGAAAGCCGACGCCGAUCCCCGCACCGUCUUCUCUUCUCUUCUCUUCUCUUCAAGUUUCAUGUUGUGCGUUCGCCCCGUUUCUCAGCUUUCCCCUCCCACUUCCAACCCUAAUUUUCGCGGCCAGACGAAAAUGGCGAUCAGGAGAUUGCUUCUUCUUCUGAAGCCAUUUGAUGCCAACCCCGUCCUCCAUUCCGACGGCUUUACUCGCUUCACCAGCCCCCAGGUCUUACGCCACUUAGAGAACAGAAAUGAAGUGCACAGGGAAGCUAUAAAUCUUUGUAAGGAUAUUUUGCAGCAGAAGCCUGUGGAUUGGGAACCUGUAUUACGCAAUGAUCUAUCCGAGCCAAUUCGUGAUGUAGACCUUGUCGUCACGGUUGGUGGUGAUGGCACCCUUUUGCAGGCGAGCCAUUUCUUGGACGAGUCAAUCCCUGUUAUUGGAGUAAAUUCUGAUCCUACUCAAGUGGAUGAGGUGGAAGAGUUCAGCAAUGAGUUUGAUGCUUCUAGAAGCACAGGUCAUCUUUGUGCUGCCACUGUCAAAAACUUUGAACAAGUAUUAGAUAGCAUCCUUAGUGGUGUCGCAGGCCCUUCCAAGUUGUCGAGGAUAUCCAUAUCUGUAAAUUCAGAGUUACUCACAAGCUAUCCUCUCAAUGACAUACUAAUUGCACAUCCGUGUCCUGCAUCGGUCUCUCGGUUCUCGUUCAAAAUUGGGAAUGAGCAGUCAUCUUCACCUUUGUUGAACUGUCGAUCGAGUGGUCUAAGAAUUUCGACUGCUGCUGGAUCAACCGCUGCAAUGCUAUCAGCAGGUGGAUUUCCCAUGCCCAUUCUAUCUCAGGACCUUCAGUACAUGGUACGAGAACCCAUCAACCCUGGAAAUCUAUUCACUUUUAUGCACGGGACGGUAUCCCCCAAUCAGUCGAUUGAAAUGGCCUGGUUGUGUAAAGAGGGUGUGAUUUACAUUGAUGGUUCUCAUGUUUUUCAUCCUAUUCAAUAUGGUGAUAUCGUCGAAAUAUCUUCCAAGGCCCCGAGUCUCGAAGUUUUCUUGCCCACCCGUAUGUUGUAUGCGGCAGAAGAAACUUCAAAAGACAUGCAUAUCCAAACUAGAUCUCGUAUAUAAUUGCACAUACAAGCAGCUGAGUUGCAGUUCGAGUUGGCAUCUGCAACUUAGAAGAACCGUUUUGACCAUAGAUUGAGCAUGAAGUUUAUCUAUCUGCGGGAUCGAUUUGGCUUCGGAGAACCCGGGGUUAUAUCAGCUACUUUCUAGUUUAAUAUUGUGAAUCAACUUGUAAGAUGAAUUACAACACCCAUCUCAUGGACAAAGGGAGGCAUUGCCAAGAGUCUUAACAAUCUUUCUGUAUAUAUAGAAUGGAGGUUGACAAGUGCCCUCUCUAGCUGAAAACUGAGUUGUGAACCAUAUUACCUGGAUUAUGAUCUAUCCCCCGUGCGGUAAAAUUUUGAAA